AUGAGGAAGCUGGCCCUGUGGUACUCGAGAAACUUCAAGCCCUUGUUCAGCCACAAGCAGCUGGAGCCGAUCAUGUCCACCCUCGGCUUCACCGCCCUCCCGCCGGCCUCGCCGAGCUUCGACGGCGGCAUUACCUGGAGAGAGUACGUGUUCGCCGCCGGGGCGCACAGCCUCCCGCGGCCGAGGCUGCCGUACCCGAGGAUCGACGGCCUCCACAACCACACCUACCAGGCUUUCCUAGAGGCGGUCAACUUCCAUCUCCGGAUGUACGACAUCUCGACCGUUUUUCAUGUUAGGGGCAUGCCCAUGAACCGAGUUGAUCUCUAUAGGAAGUGGCAUGCUCUGGAGGAGGACGAGCAGGUUUAUGUAUACAGAGAAGGGACAUUGGAUCAAGCAGCGCACAAGCUCUAUUCCGAUUCCGAGGGCAAAAGUAGCAAAGACGGCCUUUUCGACUUCGCCUCCCUCGCCAUUCGCAACAAGGGCGGCGAGUCCGAGGUCGGCCAGGUCGUACCCUUGGAAGACAUCAUAGUAUCGCCCGAUGAGUCCGAGCCCUUCUAA